AACAGUGUAGAUUCCCCAUCUCUAAUCUUUUCACUUUACACCCGCAACACAAUAUAUUCAACAAGGGAAAACCCAUGAGCUUAAGCGCAUCGUUCAGGUUGAGAAAAAUUGGAAACCUUUGCCUAAUUGAUGCGUUUUAUCCAUCAAGGAUUCCAAUUCAUUACAUUGUUUUCCAUUACAAUUUAUCAAUUUACCAGUGAGGGGUUCUUUGAGUUUUUUUUUUUUUUUUUUUUUUUUUGUAAUCAGAGUUGAUGGAGGGUGGAUAAGAGUCACAGUAUACACCGCCGUGUGUCUCCUUGUCGACUCCGACAAAACUCGUCUGAGCACCAUCGCAGGUUGCCUCAACUACGAAACAACACAUGCCCUUUACCAUUUUCGAUCUUUGUCGUAAAGUCAUUGAAUAAUUAACCUUCUGGAUCGUAUUGUCUCCGUCUGGGUUGCAGACUUGAUAAGUCGCUGUCUUUAUCAAAGCUUGAUGAAUCAACCCAUUUAUGUUUAAGACAUUCAUCGUGUUGAAGAUGGUGAGAAACACAAGGAGAAAGGGAGGAGGAGUUUGGGAUUCCAAAUUUUUACAGAAGAACGUGUUUAAUAUUCUGUGCAGUGGGUUUAACGUGGAAUAAAUUAGAGAAGGCAAAUAUAUACCGUUAUUUUAAUCAGAUGGUUAUGUUUCGUUUAAGUGUGUGACUGUGUUAUUUUAUUGAAUGCAGUGAAUCACAAUCCGAAUUUUAGUUGAUAAGAAAGUACUCUUGUGUUUUCUUUCCCACCACCACCACCACUGGCAUUGACUAUUUUGCAACUCUCCAACCCAUUACAAGUUAAAUCAACAGUGCACAAUGUCACAAGUUCACAACCAACCACAUUACAUCACCAUCACAUUCACGUUUUCUCUGUGUUUUUCAGUUACCAGUACCUCCAUUAUUAUUAGCACUAUAGCAUAUCACAUUUCCUCUUUAUCGGAAAACCAUAUCCCGCUUUAAACAUCGCAACUACGCGAUUAUACUUAUCAAUCUGUCUUCUAAGUUUCUUAAGAGUAAAAUACAAUUCAGCUUCCAACUAUAUAUUAUGCAUAAUAAUUAGUUGAAGUGCUGUUAUUUGAUUGUUGCAAUAAGAGAUUUGCAUGCGUUGAGGAAAGAAGAAGAAGAACAGCAACGAAGAGGACGGUGUCGGUAACGGCCAAGUUUCCGUUUGUUUCUUGGUUUGCUACGUGGCGCAAGAGGCUCGUGAGUGAAAAUGCCACAUAGAGCAACUUACUUUUUCCCGCGUCAAUUUCCGGAGCGAGGAUUGGAUGAAUCAUCCAAAAAGCUAUUAGAUCAAGAUAAGGACAAAAUCGUCAACUCCAUCAAAUCUCCAAUCGAAAACGACACUCCAACCACAAAGUCACUUUCCUCGUCUACUCCUCCAACACCAAAAAACGAUGCCGUUUUCUCCUCCGGCAAACAUUCCGUCGCCGGUGAUAAACUCCGAUUCAGACAAAAGCAAAUAUCUGCUUUCUGCGACUGGUUUAUCGACAAAAAACGACACUCCGGUCAUCUUACUCACCACUUCCACCGCCGCUUGUCAACCUCCGAUGACGAUCACGACUUUUUUCAUUCUCAGCCAGAGACAGCCGUCAAUGACACCGCAAUUGACCGGAAUUUCGACCGUCAAGUUUCACUUCCGAGGCUAUCGAGCGACAGUAGCUAUGCAGGGAGUUUGUUUUCCAGUGACAUUAAAGAGGAAACGCAGUCGUCUCAAGUUUCCACCAUUCCAGCAACCACUGCGAGGAGGCAGAAGGAAGAUGAUGAAAACAAAGACGGGUUGGUGAAGAAGUGUGAAGAAAGCUAUAUCCUGCAGCUUACGUUAGCGAAGAGGCUUGCUUCUUUGGCAAGUCUUGUGUCGGAGCCUGUUCUCACUCCUGGCACUGAAAAUUGGGAUGCUGAGUCUGUUUCUUAUCGUCUAUGGGUGAGUGGGUGCUUGUCAUAUACGGAUAAGAUAAGUGAUGGAUUUUACAACAUACUGGGGAUGAAUCCGUAUCUGUGGGUGAUGUGCAAUGACGAGGAAGAAGGUAAGAAGAUACCCACUUUGAUGGCACUUAAAGCCGUUGAACCAAGCGAGGCAUCUAUGGAGGUGGUGCUUGUCGAUAGGCAAGAAGAUUCUCGCUUGAAGCUACUUCAUGAUAAAGCUCAGGAGUUGUAUCGUUCUUCAGAGAACACCUUGGUGUUUGUUGAACAACUGGGAAAACUUGUUGCCAUAAAUAUGGGGGGUAUAUUCCCGGUGGAGCGAGGAGAUCUCCACAAACAGUGGAAGUUGGUUAGUAAGAGGUUGAGGAAUUUUCACAAGUGUGUUGUACUUCCCAUUGGUGGUCUAUCUUCUGGUCUUUGUAGGCAUCGAGCGAUUCUCUUCAAGAGAUUGGCUGAUUUUAUAGGUUUGCCUUGUCGCAUAGCUCGUGGUUGCAAGUAUUGUGUUGCAGAUCACAGAUCCUCUUGCUUAGUCAAGAUUAAAGAUGACAAACAGAUCUCAAGGGAAUAUGUAGUUGACCUUGUCGGGGAACCAGGAAUUGUCCAUGGCCCAGAUUCCUCCAUUAAUGGAGCAUAUGUUUCUUCUAUUCCUUCGCCGUUUCAAAUUUCUCAUUUUAAGGAAUUACAGUCACCUUAUAUGGAUGAUGAAGCAAGUUCUCAACCACCUAUUUGUUUUGACCAAAGUUCUUUUGAUCCUGAAACUCAUCCUUAUUUAGGUUGUGGACAGAUUGAUCAACAAGUUAAAGAAACGGAUUUGUUGAAAGUUCAGGGUUCCUUCUGUGCUUCAAUUGAUCAUACAUGUGAAGGAACCAAACCACUUCUAACUCCUCUUGGUUUAAAAGAGAAUGAUGAGGAAUGUGCAGUUCUAGGUUCAAUUUUGCCUACCAUUCAUGAGGAUGUUUCUAAAGUUUUUCCUGUAUCCGAAGAAUCAUUACACGAAUAUCCAAGGCUUAGUGAAGAUGCAGUUGUGUUACAAGAAACUUCCAGCAAUGAGAUCAUCGUAACUGAAGGUUCUGUGGUAAAGAGUACUUUCAAGCAAUGUAUACUUAGUUCCUCCUGCCAAUCAGAACUGAAACAAGUAGACAAUAGAAUUGAAAACCAGGACUAUUUACCAGCUGGGAAUAUUCCAAGAUAUGUGAAUCUUGAACCAUCACUUUCAAUGGACUGGCUUGAGAUAUCAUGGAAUGAUUUACGGAUUAAAGAGCGUGUUGGUGCUGGCUCAUUCGGAACUGUGCACCAUGCUGAGUGGCAUGGAUCAGAUGUUGCAGUCAAAGUUUUAACAGUUCAGGAUUUCCAUGAUGAUCAGUUGAAGGAAUUUCUGAGAGAGGUUGCAAUAAUGAAACGUGUUCGCCAUCCAAAUGUGGUGCUCUUCAUGGGUGCAGUUACAACAUGCCCCAAUCUAUCAAUAGUGACAGAGUAUUUGCCUAGAGGUAGUUUAUACCACCUAAUACACAGGCCAGCAUCUGGUGAAAUUUUGGAUAGUAGGAGAAGAUUACGGAUGGCUUUGGAUGUGGCUAAAGGAAUCAAUUAUCUCCAUUGUCUGAAACCUCCAAUCGUGCACUGGGAUCUCAAAUCCCCAAACUUGUUAGUGGACAAAAAUUGGACUGUGAAGGUUUGUGAUUUUGGACUGUCCAGAUUUAAGGCAAACACUUUCAUACCCUCAAAAUCUGUUGCUGGAACACCUGAGUGGAUGGCCCCGGAAUUUCUCCGUGGAGAACCUUCGAAUGAGAAAGCUGACGUAUACAGUUUUGGAGUUAUCCUAUGGGAACUUGUGACCAUGCAACAGCCAUGGAGUGGACUUAACCCUCCCCAGGUGGUUGGAGCUGUUGCUUUCCAGAAUAGGAAGCUUGCUAUCCCUUCAAACAUCUCCCCAGUAUUGUCCUCCCUCAUGGAAUCUUGUUGGGCUGAUGACCCUGCUCAGCGCCCAUCUUUUGGAGGCAUAAUUGAGUCACUAAGGAAGCUCCUGAAGUCUCCAACAGAGAUGAUAAAAAUGGGUGAUACUCACAACCCAUAAUUGGUUUUCUUGUUGCUGAAAUUUGUUGAACUAAUAAGGAAACAUUGGUAGUCGUAUAUCAUCUGAAUGACAGAACCUUGGCUGUUUGCAACUGUAUAUUGUAAUUUAAAGGCUCAAAUAGGUGCUGUCUUGGAUCCUCUAUAAUUUACGACUGCGGUUGUAGAGACCAUUAGAUUUAUAGAGAGAAAUCCCUAGUUUUUUCUUUCUCUAAAUUUAACAGUUCCUACGGCUGUAACAACAUAUGGCUAUAGAGGAUUCAUGUCCGCAUCUUAUGGGGUUCCGAAGCGUCUGAACAUAUAUAUUAAUAAGCUCCUGACCUCAAGCUCCUUUGUGGAUAACUCCAAGUCUGAAAUAUUGGAGGAUCUAUGUUUUGUAACAUUGUUUUCAUAAAAAAUGUUAUGUAACAUUGCAAUGUGAUCAUUUGGGAAGUGCUACACACGAAAGUUGUUUUUGAAAA